GUAUAAUUUGUUGUAGUUUGUCGAUAGGAGUGGAUAAUAUACCACAGGCAUCGAAUGGGGUCUUCCCCGGUCUAGUUUGCGUACUGAAAUCCAUACGUCAGACCACACGUAUUGGGAUCCAAUAUCCAAUAAAUGGCAGGAAGACCAUUUAUACUUGACUUGUGUUGCGAAUACUAGUUCAUUACGAGCGGUUGCGACAGCUGCGCUAACAUCUGUAUGAUCCACAGAGGGAUGAGGGAAAUGCACGUUUUAACAGUUGUGUUCGCCGUUGUAUUUGUCGUUAAUCAGACUGAAGCUUGGGGAUACAAGAAUGGAAUACUGCACAACUCCAUCUUGCUUGAGCAAGCAGCUGGAGUUUUCCACCGUGAGUCUCGCAAGGGGAGAUAUCAACUGACGUAUAAUGAAGCCAGGGCUGUGUGCAAAUUUGAGGGGGGGACUCUUGCUACAUAUGAUCAACUAGAGGCUGCUCGCCAAAUUGGGUUCCAUGUGUGUGCAGCUGGAUGGUUUGACAAAGGACGUGUGGGCUAUCCUAUCGUUAAAGCUGGCACCAACUGUGGUUUCGGAAAGGUUGGAAUCAUUGAUUACGGGUACCGGCUCAACAGAAGUGAGAAGUGGGAUGUCUACUGCUACAACCCUGGAGCAAAAGAGUGUGGAGGAGUGCACACAGAUCUGCAGAAGGUUUUCCAUUCACCUGGUUAUCCAGAGGGCUACAAGGAUAAGCAGAUUUGUAACUGGCACAUUCGUGUACGCUAUGGCCAAAGGGUCCACCUGCACUUCCUAGACUUUGAUAUUGAGGAGGACACAGCUUGUCUCAGUGAUUAUUUGGAGAUCUAUGAUGGCUAUGAUGAUGUUUCAGGAUUUGUUGGAAGAUACUGUGGGGAUGAACUUCCAGAGGACUUCAUCAGUACAGGAAACGUCGUGACCCUGAAAUUCCUCUCUGAUUCCUCUGUGACGGCUGGAGGGUUUCAACUGCAAUACAUUGCUGUGAACUCGUCUCUGCUCUAUGAUGAUCAUGCUGACACCUUCUCUUAACCAUUUUUUAAUACACCAGACUGACUUUGACAAUUGUCUUUUUUUUUUAUUAUAUUUUUUCACCUAAUAUGCACUAUUAAA